AUCACACUACCUUCAUCCAGCAUAAGAAAUUUGAAAAACCCAGGUUCGGUGAUAGAUAUAUACGAUACUCUAAUUGAACAUUAUCACGAUUUGAGAGGCACAGAUGUUAAAACUUCUAGGAAGAUGUGGGUGGUGACUGACAAGCAACCUUCAUACGGUGCCAUGCAUGCUGGAUAUCCAAUUGUAACUCAUUUGGAUGUUGCGGAUCCAGAAGGUGAAAAAUUUUUGCUCAAUGAAAAUGCUUUAAAAUUAAAUACAUCUAAGUAUUGGGGAAUUUUUCAUGAAAUUGGCCACAAUAUGCAACAGAGUGAAUGGACAUUUGAAGGAACUUUGGAGGUAACGAGUAAUGUUUUCAAUCUGUACGGUAUGAAAAAGAUUGGAAAUCUUGACUGUUGGACUGUUCCUUGGUUGAAUAAACAAAUAUGGAAAGGAGUUGGAUAUCUCAAUAAUGGCUCAGAUUUUGAAAUUUGGAAAAACGAUGCUGGGGUUGCUUUACACACGUAUGCCCAAUUGGCCGAUACAUUUGGUUGGGCGAUAUAUAAACAAGUUUUUCGUCGUUAUCAGAAUAUGUCUAGAAAAGAAAAACCCAAUAAUAACCAAGAAGAAAUAGACAAAUGGUUUAUUAUUUUUUCCGAGGAAUGUAAAUUCAAUUUAGCACCACUAGCUGCAUUCUGGGGAAUUCCAUUAUCACAGGAUGCCAUCAAUAAAUUGGAAGAUCUGCCU